AUGCCGCUGGCAGUUUACGUCAACCAGCACUUCCUGAGCUUCCCGUGCAACUCACUGGCCCCUCACAGAGCCAUCUUCCGCAUCACUAACGACACAUACACCACCGUCGUCUUCAAAGUCACCUCCAGUGCCGGUAACAUCUACACAGUAAGCCCCUCCGUCGACGAAAUCCCGCACCGCCAAGGCCGCGACGUCACCGUCUCCCUCACGCCUCCGUGUCCCGCCGCACAAUAUGGCAACCACCCCGCACACACUGUGACCGUCAUCGCCACCGCUGUCCCGCUGCAGAAAACCCCCCCUUACAAGCCGGGCUCCCCCUUUGCUAUCGAGCAUGAACCGAACGCAUCCAAAUGGAUCUUGCCCAUCAAAUAUUUCCCCGAGGCCAACGAUACUUCCGCUAAAAGUCCACAAGCGUCCACCCCGCCGAACUUGGAGCCGAACAUCCAACAUCUACCCCCGGGUCGGCCUCAACCGCCCGUCAAAAUCCCACUUGCUCCACAACAGCCUACACAACACCCAGAUGCCGGCGUGAGUAAAGGGGGGAUCAGUGUCCAACGUCAAAACAUGUCGACAGGAACGCACUCCAUCAAAAUGAAAGUCAAAAUCAAAAUAUCGAACCCAGGCCCGAAAUUUUACUCGCUUUUGAUGAAGCUAAUAUCGAAGAGAGAGCAAGGGAGCGGUAUCAAAGAUGAUAUUCCGGAGAUUGGCCCAACCGCACCCAGUCCUAUGCACAUUCCCGCUGCAGGGGUAGCCCGUGGAAAUAGAGAACUGGCUCGCCAAACAGUAGCAAGACACAAUAUACCAUGGAAAAGGACAGACUGGAUUGAAAACGUCAGUUCUUGGAUGAUAGAAAGGUUGGAAGAGGAUUACAACGCCAAGUGCAAUGCAAGCUCUAUUGGGCUGCAGGUAUUGGUAGGCGGCGUAAUGGUGCGUGCGAAAACGAGCAUAGGAGAUUUCAUGGUUAUUGCAUACCCAGGGAGCGGUGGCGGUGCAGCGAAGAUAGCAGUUCUUGGGCACAUGGUGCCGCGUUACAUCUUUAAGGUGGUGUGUGUGAGCGAAAACAAGGAAGCGGUAUUGAUGCGGGAUCACCCGGGCCCCUUUGAAUUUAAAGCAUCGGUUAAGGAAGCAGAGGCAGCAACCAAGGAUUAUGUGAGGAUGCAAAUGGGGACGAUCGGGAGGACAAGUGAACUUGUAGAAGGUGGGUUGAUGGAUUUGCGAUCAGAGGUACUACUAAGAAAGUUAGAUAACUUAGAGCAGUUGCCGAUGUUUCGGGAUAUGGCAAGCAGAGAAGCGUUCAAAAAGAGUGCAAGAUGGUACUUGGGGACCAAUAGGCGAAUUCGGAAUGGAGUAACGGAGCUGAUGGGAUGCGGAAUUCCGGAGACGGUGCUCGGUGGGCAAGGGUGCCGAAAGGAUGAAGGUGGUGAGCAUUAUUUAUUCCACAGAUGGUUUGAGGGAUUUGUUGGGUGUGCAUUGGCAGCUGUAGAUGAAUGGCUUUUGAGGGAAGGUCUGUUCCUGGAGAUGUGGAGCUGUUUUGGGGAGACGGAAAGAAUGGAGCGGUGGAGGGCAAUUGGAAAAUGUGUACAUUGGCUGUCGUUGUUGGUAAUGAGGUUGGAAUAUGCACAGUACAGUGAGGCGGAAUCAGCGGAGAGGGAAUGGUGGUUGACACAAGCGGGAUGCGCGCUGGUGAAGAUGAAGGACAGGUUUAUCGAAACUUAUCACAGAUGGUGA